AUGUUCUACAACAUGAAUGUAGAAAGAAUUUCGUCAUCAAUGACAAACAUAAAAACUAAACCAAUGGCAUCACAAAUAAAUCAAUCCAAUAAGGUUGGUAUAUAUUUCGAUAUCUACUAUAAAAAUAGAGAAGAAUGGAUAAAUCAAUGGAUUCUAAAAUCUCAAGGUUUCUACUUACACAGAAAUCCAGUAUACGACACCAGAUCUAAAAAUACUUCAGUAACUAACACAAAUACGACACAAAACGAAGAUGAAAUUUAUUUGGAUCAUGAUAAAACUGAUGAUCAUUCUGAUGACAAUGAAUAUCAUAAGUAUAUUCGUCAAAUAUAUCAAGAUAAACCUUGCAAAAAUCAACAAACGAAUGGCACAAGUCUUUUUCAUCAGCUUAAAAAGAUGGAAUCCGAUCGAAUUACAAAGCAUGCAGCCAGAUUGGCGUCAGAAAGUACUUCUACCUCUAAUGAAAUAACAACUCAAAUACUGACACGUGAAUGUGAUGUAUGUUUGUUAAUAAAAUCUGAACAAGAUUUUUCUCCUGCUUACAGUACAAGAUGUCGACAUAAAUUUCGUCAUGUUUGUAAUCUAUGCACUUAUAUGAGCAUCAAAGUUAUUCUCGAUGACAUCAUCAGUGGUCAAGUUUUAUGUCCUGAAUCGAAAUGUUUGAUAAAUUUUAAUUCAGAUGAAAUUUCUCAAGUGCUUGCCAUUAAUAAGGAUCAUGUAUUACUAGAAAAAUACCAUAGCUAUCUAGACAGACAAUUUCUCGAUAAUUUAGAUGAUUUUUAUUGGUGUGCACAUGGUUGUGAUUCUGGUCAAAUCGUUGAAAGAAAAUCACCUCAAGACUUAAAAAUUACUUGCAUUACAUGUGCAAAAGAUACAUGUAUAUUUCAUCGUGUUAAGUGGCAUGAAGAUAUGACCUGUGAUCAAUAUGAUCAACUACAUCCAUCCAUUGAUUCUAUGACAAAUAAAUGGAUGAAAAAAAAUUCGAAAAAAUGUCCCGAAUAUCUUGCUUAUGAUGUUGAUUUAUCAACACGUAUUGUCCCAUUUAUUGAUAUAGAUGCUCGUGAUCGUACAAAUUCAGCCUAUUAUCUUAAUAGUUAUGCAGUAGAUUUCUUUAAUCAUGAUUCAGAAACAUCAUUAAUUCUAGAAAAUCAAAUAAAUCUUGAUGAAACAAACCAUCUUCUAUUAGAUUUUUCAUUGAUGUUUUCAUCAAUAAAAACUUCUCUGGAAAUAAUUAUACGUAAUGAGAACGAACAAGCAACAAUCAAUGAUAAACAAUGUUGCCAGCCACUAUAUGAAAAAAUGUCAAAUAUAAAAGAAAUCUUUGCAGAGAAAUUCUACAAAGCAUAUCCUUAUACAAAGUUAUAUUAA